GACUCGCCGUUGCCGUGCUGUCCAUCCAACUCACUGACCUCUCCUUCAGCCCUCCUCCUACCGCCGCCGCAACCUUUAACCCACCGCCUCCCCGCUCGCGGUAAUGCCUCCAGCCCUCCACAUGUGAUGCCCGCGUCCUCCCUCGCUCCCCCCUCCUCCUCAUCUACCGUGUCGUCCACUCCCCGACCACCCCCAGCGCCGCCCGCAGAUGCCGCCCAAGGUGGUCGCCAUCGCCGCGGGCGAGGUCCACACGCUCGCCCUCACGGGUGAUGGGGAGGUGUACUCGUGGGGCAGGGGCCCGUUCGGCCGCCUCGGGACCGGCCGCGAGGACGACGAGCUCGUCCCCACCGCCGUGGCGCCCGCGGACGGCGCCCGCGGCGGGAGGCCAAGGCCCAGGUUCGUGGCCGUCGCCGCCGGGGCCUACCACAGCCUUGCGCUUGACGAUGAAGGUUCACUCUGGUCAUGGGGCUACAAUCUCUAUGGUCAGCUUGGCUACGGGGAUCAGAAUUCCCUUUUUCCAUGUUUGAUUGAUCAAUUUCAGGAUCUAGAUCCUCCUGAAACACUAGAUGAUGAAGCCCAGGGCGCACAUGAUUGGACUUCUUUGAAGUUGUCUUCCAUCAAAGCUGGUGGCAUGAUGUCUUUUGCCAUAGACAGUUUGGGGGCCCUGUGGAUGUGGGGAAAUUGCCCACAGCGGACUGAUGCUAGAGAAUUUUGUAUUGCAAGUAGCUCUGUUCCACUACCUGUGUGGGAUUUCCAUGGGCACACCGUUGUUAAGGUUGCCUGUGGUAAUGAGCAUGUAGUAGCUGCAGUUAGUGCUGGGGAGACUUAUACUGGAGGUGACCUUGUUUGCUAUGCUUGGGGAAAUAACAACCAUGGUCAGUUGGGUCUAGGUGACAAGGAAAGUAGAUCUCGUCCUGUGCUUAUAUCAGCAUUUAGUGAAGAAUCUUCUUGGGAGGUGUAUGAAAUUGCAUGCGGAGCUUCUCACACUGCCGUCCUCACCAAUAAGAAGUCUUUUGACCAGAUAGAAUCUCGGUGCUGGACGUUUGGCCUUGGUGACAAGGGGCAGCUUGGCCACGGAACCACAGCCACCAUUUGCUCACCACAACCUGUUGAUGGCUUACCAACUGGAUCCUUCCUUAUUUCUCUUGAUUGUGGAUUGUUUCACACAACUGUAGUCUCCUCUGAUGGAGAGGUGUGGUGCUGGGGAAUGGAGAGAGGUCUUGGACUGUGCCCAGAUGCUAGCUUUUCAGGGGUUGAUGCAGGGGAUGCUCUAUAUCCGAUAAGAGUUCAGUCACCUGAAACAAAUGGGUUCAAAUUUCUUGGUCCAGUGCAGAUCGCCUGUGGAGCUGCCCACACUGUUCUUGUUGCUGGUGAUGGGUAUAGGAUGUGGGCAUGGGGCAGAGGCCGCAGUGGUGUGCUUGGGAGAGGCCAGACUGCUGACAGCUACAUACCAUGCGUUGUGAUGUGGCCUCCUAUUGGUGAGAACUUCCAGGAGAUUCAUGAGGGCCAAGCAGAGGCAUCAACAUCAAGAGUGAAUGAUCGCACUAGCACUGAGUUCGAGCAGAAGCUAUCUGCUGCCUCGGAUGAGUUACAGUUCCUAAGGUCAAAACUGACACUCAUGGAGAGAUAUGCCAACAUACUCCACAUAUCAAUCUUCCGUAAGCCACUUGAUGAACGGACGCUGCCACGUUCUCUCCAGGAAUCUCCUGUCUUUGAUAUCAGAAAGGAAUUUGAGAACAUAUUGGAUGCAGCAGACACUGAUGAACUCAAUCGUUUGGAGAUCUUCUACCGCAGCAUGCUUUCUGGUGUGAAGGACAAGCUUCUGAAACGAAGAGUCCAAGAGAUGGUUCAACAAUGCAUUAUUUCACUCUCAGCGGGGAGGCAAACCCCUCGAGAUCAGAGAGUUGAUUGGCAGACAUGGAUAUGUCAUAGUGGAGGGGGUGUGCGUGGCAUGGAGCCGUCCCGUGGCGCCGUGGGCGGCGGGCGGCGGUGGGGGGACGCGGAGGCGGAGGCGGAGGCGGAGGGCGACGCGGCCGAGGAAGGGAGGCGGCCGGAGGAGGGGGGAGAGGUGAGCCUGCGGGAGUGGCUGGACCGCCCGGGCCGCGCGGUGGAGGCGGCGGAGUGCGUGCACGUGUUCAGGCAGGUGGCGGAGGCGGUGGCCGUUGCGCACGCGCAGGGGGUGGCCGUGGGCAGCGCGCGCCCGUCGUGCUUCGUCGUGUCGCCGCCCUUCGCGCGCGUCGCCUUCAUCGAGUCUGCCUCCGGCUCCGACGCCUCGGGCUCGUGCUCGGGCUCUGACGCCUCCGAGGACGCCGACCCGGACGCCUCGCCUCCGCGGCGACGCGACGGUGCCGCCCGCGGGGAGGAGCGCGCCGGGAAGACGUUCCCGCUCAAGAGCGUGCUAGAGAUGGAGCUCAACUGGUACACCAGCCCCGAGGAGGCGGAUGACAGCGCCGGAAGCGGCUCUACCUUUGCCUCCGACGUCUACAGACUGGGUGUGCUCUUGUUCGAGCUGUUCUGUACGUUUGAAACCAUAGAGGAGAAGAUGCGGGCAAUGGCGAAUCUGCGGCAUCGGGUGUUGCCGCCGCAGCUGCUGCUCAAAUGGCCCAAGGAAGCAUCCUUCUGCCAAUUGCUCAUGCACCCUGUGCCGGAAACCAGACCGAAGAUGAGUGAGGUGCUGCAGAGUGAUUUUCUUAAUCAGUCUCGGAAUAACCUGGAAGAACGUGAAGCGGCACUUAGGUUACGUGAAGAGAUAGAAGAACAAGAAUUACUGCUGGAUUUUCUUCAACAGUUGCAGAAAAGAAAGCAGAAUAUAGCAGAUAAUUUGCAGGACACUGUUGCCUUUCUUUCUUCUGACAUCAAUGAGGUCCUCCACCAGCAAUCUGCACUAGGGGGGCAAUGUGUGAACUUCUCAUCUGAUUUGGAUAAAGAGGUGUGCUCUGGAACUGUUGAAGAUCAGAGUGAUUGUGGAUCCAGGAAGCGUUUCAGACCUGAGCUGCAAGGUGUUGACAUGGAGGAACAGAAUCAUAGUGCGGAAGAAUGUUCCAGAACAGUGCCAUCCUCUGAGUUAAUCCAGGAAAGUGUUUUGUCAAAAAGCUCCAGGUUGAUGCAGAACUUCAAAAAACUUGAAACAGCCUACUUUCUAACAAGGUCCAAGUUGGUGAAGCAAGUUGGUAACCAAGUAAGUAGCUGUCAUCAAGUUUCUAAGAGGGCUACUGGUUCAGCUGUUGGGACUGAGGGAAGUUCAAUAGAUAAUUUUCCAUUGGAAAAGCAAUAUGGUAGAAGGCAAAGAGGUUGGGUGAACUCUUUUCUUGAGGGAUUGUGCAAAUACUUGUCAUUCAGUAAGUUGAAAGUACGGGCAGAACUGAAACAGUGUGAUUUGCUGAACUCAUCGAACUUAGUAUGCUCCGUAGGGUUUGAUCGGGAUAAAGAGUUUUUCGCAACCGCUGGUGUAAAUAAGAAGAUAAAAGUGUUUGAGUAUGAUAUGAUUGUAAAUGAACAUCGUGAUAUUCACUAUCCUGUGGUAGAGAUGUCCAAUAGAUCAAAAUUAAGUUGUAUUUGCUGGAACAGUUAUAUGAAGAGCCAUAUAGCAUCUAGUGAUUUUGAGGGUAUAGUGCAGGUUUGGGAUGUUACUAGGAGUCAAGUUUUUGUUGACAUGAGGGAGCAUGAGAGGCGAGUGUGGUCGGUGGACUUCUCAAUUGUGGAUCCAACAAAAUUGGUCAGUGGGAGUGAUGAUGGAUCUGUGAAGCUGUGGGAUAUGAAUCAGGCUGGGAGUAUUGGCACUAUCAGAACAAGGGCAAAUGUGUGCUCUGUGCAAUUUCAACCUGAUACUGCUCGCUCCAUUGCCAUCGGCUCAGCAGAUCACAAAAUUUACUGCUAUGAUCUCCGUAACAUACGAGCUCCUUAUUGUACAUUGGUUGGGCACACAAAAACAGUAAGCUAUGUUAAGUAUCUAGAUGCAUCAACAAUAGUAUCUGCAUCUACUGACAACUCAUUGAAGCUCUGGGACUUGUCGAUGAGUCCAGGAAGGAUAAUUGACAGUCCAAUUCAAACAUUUACAGGGCACACAAAUACAAAGAACUUUGUUGGCCUUUCCAUAUCUGAUGGUUACAUUGCUACUGGCUCCGAAACAAAUGAGGUUUUUGUCUACCACAAAGAAUUUCCCAUGCCAGUGUUGGCAUAUAAGUUCACCGUGUCGGACCCUAUAUCAGGCCAGGACAUUGACGAUCCGACACAGUUCAUUUCAUGCGUCUGUUGGAGGGGGCAGUCUUCGACUCUUCUUUCUACUAACUCCAGCGGCAACAUCAAGAUCUUAGAAAUGGACUGACUCUGUACUCGAUUGGAUUGUGACAUCAAGAUCUUUCUGCCCAGUCUCGGGUAGAAAAGGACUGACUUCUUACCGAGGGUGCGACUCCGCGUGUGGUUGGCAUCAAAGUUUCUGGCACUUGGAUUCAGAGAUGCCAACGAGUUGGCAAAGCGGUAACUUGAUCCGAGUUGCAGAGUCGGGAGGUAGGAGUAGCUGUAACAGAUUUAGCAUGGAUUGAUAGGAUUAUAGAUUAGCGUGGUAGCAGAAGUAGCAUAAGUAGGAAACGGAAAUGAGGUGUCGGGUGGCCCCACAAGGAAAGGUUUUGUACAUCAUUGGUUCGAGGUAUACUUGUACAGGCAAUCAUCCCAAGUUUUUACCUAGCAGCAUCAGCAUCAGGCUUCUGCUCUUGCGAUAGUAGUAGUAGUGCUUGAAAUGUAGGGGUACAAAUUGGUUUACAUCUGUUGAACUGGAGAUCAUCAUUUUGUCAAAUUAGUUCUAUUUUUUUCCUAUAUA